AUGCACCACAGGGAACAUGUUCCCAUGUCUUGUGAUCAUCCUACUAAGCGAAACGAUGAUACUGAAAGCAACGGAGUUGGAAUGACAGCCAAUCACAAAAAUUUGGGUGAACUUCUUACCAUGUUAGAAGAGAUUUACAUGAACGGUCUUAUGGAUGAUCAUAUCAGAGAAAAGUGUACUAGUUCGGAGAGGCACAAUUUGUUGAAGUUCAUGAAGUUGUUUGACGAUGCUCAACGCAAAGUAUAUCCAGAGUGUGAAAGGCAUAAUCAGUUGAAAGUUGCUCAAGCUGAAGAAAUUGCAGCAAAACUUGCCAUUAAUGAAGUUGAAAUUGGUAAAGGCAAAAAUCAAGAUGGGACAUUGAAACAGGUUGGAGAUAUUCGAUGGGGUUCUCACUUGGGAUCUAUUUCUAGUUUGAUAAAUAUGUUUGGUGCAACUUGUUCAGUCUUAAGUAAUGUCAUCAAUGAUGGAGCCACCUCUACUCGACGUGCAGAUGCAGAUGGAGUUUAUGAUAAGAUUACAUCUUUUGAGUUUGUGUUUAUCUUACAUCUUAUGAGAGAUAUUAUGGGGACUACUAAUGAUCUUUGCCAAGCUUUGCAGCGUAAAUCCCAAGAUAUAUUGAAUGCAAUGCAUCUAGCGUCAACUACAAAAGCACUUGUUCAAAAAUAUAGAGAAAAUGGAUGGAUUCCUUUGUUGGAGAAUGUUCAACUAUUUUGUGGAAAAUAUGACAUAGAUAUUCCUGAUAUGAGUGCUCGUUACACAUCUGGUAGAAGUCGUGCUUGGCACCAAAGAGAUCACAUUACUAUUGAGCAUCAUUUUCGGGUUGAUAUUUUUACAAUUAUAUGUGAUUCUCAAUUGCAAGAAUUGAACAACAGAUUCAAAGAAGAUGUGAUGGGGUUGCUUAUUCUUAGCUCUACUUUAGAUCCUAGGAAUGAUUACAGUUCGUUCAAAGUUGAAGAUAUAUGCAAGCUUGCAAAUCAAUUUUAUCCUAAUGACUUUACAGAGCAAGAAAAAAUACAUUUGAAAUUCCAAUUGCAAAAUUAUGAGAUUGACAUCCUUAAACAUCCUAAGUUUCAGCAGUUGUUGACAAUUUCUGAAUUGUGCCAAAUGCUGGUAACAACAAGGAAGUCAACAAUUUAUCCUAUUGUCGAUAGAUUAAUUCAUCUUGUUCUAACUUUACUAGUUUCUACGGUGACAAUAGAACGUGCAUUUUCAGCCAUGAAAAUUGUAAAGACUAGAUUGCGGAACAGAAUGGGUGAUGAUUUUCUUUCAAGCUACUUGUUAACAUAUGUUGAGAAAGACAUGUUAGAAAUGGAUUUUGGAAGACCUGCUGCUGCUGCACCUACUGAUAAAUGA